AGGGCUCGGGUUUGAAGUUGGGGGUGGGGGGCGUGGCUGCCCCCGGCGUGGGUUCCUCCCCGGAAAGCUUCGCCCCAGUUUUCGCCCCCCUUGGCCGUGCGUCCCUCCCACUGGCCGACGGGCCUCCCUUCGUGGCGUCCUCGUUUGUGGUGCUCUCGGGGGCCGAGGGUGGAGAGUUAGGAGUCCCCAGGCCUCGGGGAAGCUCUUGGGGGGCGCCUGGACAGAGGCUAGGGGACCCAGCCCUCACGGUUGGUGGAUCGUGCCCGGCAUAGUGGCAAGGCUCCGGGGCUUACCCAGGGGACCAGGACAGGCUCCUGGUGUCGCCCACCGCUGGCACUGAGCAGUGGGCGCCUUUGGGUGCUGCGAUCCUUCCUUCAGGUUUCAGUGGGAAUGGACGGACAGAUCUGAAGUUGAAAAUUCUUUUCACAACUCAUGUUCAACUAUGUGUGUUGUCAGAAUGCUCUUAAUGAGACACCAUCACUCAGUUUUACUGGUUUUGUCGUAUUAGCCUCUGAAGUAGGCAAUUAUUGGUGUGAACAUACAUUUUAAAAAACAUCUGGAGUCAAGAGUGCACGAGUGUCAACUCAGUGCAAGUACUGUUGGUAAGCAUUAUGUCCUGAGAAUGAAAUCGGAAGACCAACAGGCCCAGGAGGCUUCACAGCGAACACCACAUGCCUCACGCCCAAAAGGACAGCAGACCACGCUUCAGAACGGAACCGCCUUCUCCAUGUCUCACUGUGUCACCCAGGCUGAAAUGAAGUGGCACUCACCGCACUCCAUCAUGGCUCACUGCAGCCUCGACUUCCCAGGCUCCAGCAAUCCUCCCACCUCAGCCUCACGAGUAGCUGGGACCACAGGCUCUCACUCUGCCACCCAGGCUGGAGUGCAGUGGUGCGAUCUCAGCUCACUGUAACCUCCGUCUCCUGAACUCAAGUGAUCCUCCCACCUCAGCCUCCCAAGUGGCUAGGACUAUAGGUGUAAUGGAUAGGUAACAGAGAAGACCUCGUCCCUUCCUAGUCAGGGCAUCAGCAUGACUGAGUGCUUCCUGCCCCCCACCAGCAGCCCCAGUGAACACCGCAGGGUGGAGCAUGGCAGUGGGCUUACCCGGACCCCCAGCUCUGAAGAGAUCAGCCCUACAAAGUUUCCUGGAUUGUACCGCACUGGCGAGCCCUCACCUCCCCAUGACAUCCUCCAUGAGCCUCCUGAUAUAGUGUCUGAUGAUGAGAAAGAUCAUGGGAAGAAAAAAGGGAAAUUUAAGAAAAAGGAAAAGAGGACUGAAGGCUAUGCAGCCUUUCAGGAAGAUAGCUCUGGAGAUGAGGCAGAAAGUCCUUCUAAAAUGAAGAGGUCCAAGGGAAUCCAUGUUUUCAAGAAGCCCAGCUUUUCUAAAAAGAAGGAAAAGGAUUUUAAAAUAAAAGAGAAACCCAAAGAAGAAAAGCAUAAAGAAGAAAAGCACAAAGAAGAAAAACAUAAAGAGAAGAAGUCGAAAGACUUGACAGCAGCUGAUGUUGUUAAACAGUGGAAGGAAAAGAAGAAAAAGAAAAAGCCAAUUCAGGAGCCAGAGGUGCCUCAGAUUGAUGUUCCAAAUCUCAAACCCAUUUUUGGAAUUCCUUUGGCUGAUGCAGUAGAGAGGACCAUGAUGUAUGAUGGCAUUCGGCUGCCAGCCGUUUUCCGUGAAUGUAUAGAUUACGUAGAGAAGUAUGGCAUGAAGUGUGAAGGCAUCUACAGAGUAUCAGGAAUUAAAUCAAAGGUGGAUGAGCUAAAAGCAGCCUAUGACCGGGAGGAGUCUACAAACUUGGAAGACUAUGAGCCUAACACUGUAGCCAGUUUGCUGAAGCAGUAUUUGCGAGACCUUCCAGAGAAUUUGCUUACCAAAGAGCUUAUGCCCAGAUUUGAAGAGGCUUGUGGGAGGACCACGGAGAUUGAGAAAGUGCAGGAAUUCCAGCGUUUACUCAAAGAACUGCCAGAAUGUAACUAUCUUCUGAUUUCUUGGCUCAUUGUGCACAUGGACCAUGUCAUUGCAAAGGAACUGGAAACAAAAAUGAAUAUACAGAACAUUUCUAUAGUGCUCAGCCCAACUGUGCAGAUCAGCAAUCGAGUCCUGUAUGUGUUUUUCACACAUGUGCAAGAACUCUUUGGAAAUGUGGUACUAAAGCAAGUGAUGAAACCUCUGCGAUGGUCUAACAUGGCCACGAUGCCCACGCUGCCAGAGACCCAGGCAGGCAUCAAGGAGGAGAUCAGGAGACAGGAGUUUCUUUUGAAUUGUUUACAUCGAGAUCUGCAGGGUGGGAUAAAGGAUUUGUCUAAAGAAGAAAGAUUAUGGGAAGUACAAAGAAUUUUGACAGCCCUCAAAAGAAAACUGAGAGAAGCUAAAAGACAGGAGUGUGAAACCAAGAUUGCACAAGAGAUAGCCAGUCUUUCAAAAGAGGAUGUUUCCAAAGAAGAGAUGAAUGAAAAUGAAGAAGUUAUAAAUAUUCUCCUUGCUCAGGAGAAUGAGAUCCUGACUGAACAGGAGGAGCUCCUGGCCAUGGAGCAGUUUCUGCGCCGGCAGAUUGCCUCAGAAAAAGAAGAGAUUGAACGCCUCAGAGCUGAGAUUGCUGAAAUUCAGAGUCGCCAGCAGCACGGCCGAAGUGAGACUGAGGAGUACUCCUCUGAGAGCGAGAGCGAGAGUGAGGAUGAGGAGGAGCUGCAGAUCAUUCUGGAAGACUUACAGAGACAGAACGAAGAGCUGGAAAUAAAGAACAAUCAUUUGAAUCAAGCAAUUCAUGAGGAGCGCGAGGCCAUCAUCGAGCUGCGCGUGCAGCUGCGGCUGCUCCAGAUGCAGCGAGCCAAGGCUGAGCAGCAGGCGCAGGAGGACGAGGAGCCUGAGUGGCGCGGGGGUGCCGUCCAGCCGCCCAGAGACGGCGUCCUUGAGCCAAAAGCAGCUAAAGAGCAGCCAAAGGCAGGCAAGGAGCCGGCAAAGCCAUCGCCCAGCAGGGAUAGGAAGGAGACGUCCAUCUGAGCAGCCUGCGUGGCCGUCUGGAGUCCGUGAGACUGAAAGGACCCGUGCAUCUUACUGUAACCCGGGGGCCAGGCCGGCUCUCUCGCUGUACAUUCUGUAAAGGUGUCUUCUCUUCUCAGACUCUUCCUCUGUCACACGUCUGACUCCUUCGCGUCAGGCUCAGGUUCCAUAAGAGAACGAAGCAGUGGAUGCAUUGUGGGCUUUAGGGACAGAUGAGUUUUCCAGAUAGUGUCAGCUUAUUUGAAGAUUAAUUUUCUUUGUUAACUUAAAAUAACUAUUUUAACCCUUGAGUGGCUUCUUUUUAAACCAAAAAUCGUCUUUCUUUGCUUUUUUAUCACAGCAGAAUCAGGAUCUCUUUCUCAUUCAAGGGGGGAACCACACCAGGUCAGCGCUGCGCCUGCUGUGGCCGCCGCGAGCCACGCCCUCUGGGAUCUCUGGUACCGUCACUCUUGCUUGUGCCUUCCACAACUUCUCGGUGCAGAUCCCUAUGGGGGAGCUGCCUCACGUUCUCUGACUGGUCAGAGCAGCGCCUGGUGGGUGUUCCCUGGCCCACUCUCCUCUCUCCUUCUGCAGUUCUAAACCACAGUCCAUAAGCCCGAGUCACCAGGACGGCCUAUCUGGCCACAGACGGGCUGCCUGUGGAGCCUGCCCACCGGCCCCCGGCAGUGCAGGCCAGCGGGGAGGAGGCUGCCCGUUCCUGCCAGUUCCUCACUGCGGGGACCAGCAAAGGCCUUCUCACUGGGUUGGUCAAAGGUAGUCACCUUGGCCUGGUGCAUCCACAGAGGAUGUUGUUCAAACCAGAAAUCUUUUAAACGACUGACCUUCCUUAAAAACAGAAUGACUCCGGUUGCUUGCUUGGGCUAGAAUGUACACGUCUCCUUGCCUGAAUAAGCCAUAUAUAUGCUCUUAAACAAAAGUUUGAAAUUAUCCAUAUCAUCUCAGUGAACCUACUGGUGGACUCCCAAUUGACAAGAUUGAGCAAUAGAAAAAAAUUCCUUUCCUUUGAAUGAUAGCUGUGAUUCACCCCACCCCAUUUUCUUGUUUCUGGUCCAUCCAAUGAGACGGAUGCUCUGAUGCUCUGAGGCUUCUGGGAGGCUGGGCCCUGGAGGCAACGUGCUGCAGGCGCACUCUGUCAGAGUGAACAGCACCGCAAGACAGGCCAGGCUCGUGGCUCGGAAGACAAACCCCACACACACUCAAGGGGUCGAAAACAAACCCCACACGAGGGCUCUCACCUCCUUCUCCUAGGUAGUAUUUAUUUUCAGCACCUGUUUGAUGCAGUUUUUAAUCCUCUACCUAUUGCACUGUUGUGACUCGUUGGCCAUUAUUUGAUUUUUGUACGAAAAAAAGCUUUGUUAUAGAAAUCAGCAUACUAUUUUUUUAAAUCUGGAGAGAAGAUAUUCUGGUGACUGAAAGUAUGGUCGGGUGUCAGAUAUAAAUGUGCAAAUGCCUUCUUGCUGUCCUGUCGGUCUCAGUACAUUCACUUUAUAGCUGCUGGCAAUAUCGAAGGUUCCUUUUUUGUUUGUGUAAACUCUAAUUUCUAUCAAGGUGUCAUGGAUUUUUAAAAUUAGUAUUUCAUUACAAAUGUCUCAGCAUUGGUUAACUAAUUUUUGCCAGGACCAUUAUUGAUCAAGCAAAUAAAUUCAACAGCCAUUUGGGAAAAAGAAAA